AUGAGUGAGGCUGCAGAAAUCCUGAAAUCAGUUCAGGUAGGUCUAGAUGUCGCCAUAUUUCUUUUCAACACUGAACGUGGCCUGCAAGCGACCGAGUUAUGUAAUGAAUGUGUAAUUCUACUUCAAAACCUUGACUCUGGUGUUCACCGCGAUAUCACAAUUGAAAUAUUCAAUGCGUACUGCUCCAUAUCUGGUAACACAGAUGCGAGAAAAUAUGCCUUCAAGCUUUUUGACACGGCAAGCCACGCUGGAAUACUAACCCUAAAGCUGGGAGACAAAUGUGAAGGAAAGAGACGGUUUUUUGAGGCAAAGCAACUUUUUAAAGGCACACUCACCAUCACAAAAACGUUUGGCCCCAAAAUAGCACAAGCACUGGUUCAUGAAAGACUUGGAAGUGUCUUUACUCGUCUUUACGAAAUAAAAAAGGCUAUUAAACACCUCGAGAAAGCACUUGCCAUAGCGAUAGAAAUUGGCGACAGAAAAGUAGAAGGUAGAACAUACGGAAAACUCGGAGCUUUGUUUCAUUCCCUCGGCGAAUAUCGGAAGGCUAAAGAAUAUCUAGAGAAAGCUCUUGCAUUCACAAUAGAAAUUGGCGACAGAGAAAAAGAAGGAACAGCAUACACAGUUCUAGGGGUUGUGUUUAAAUCCCUCGACAAUGCAAUUAAUGAUUUGGAAGAAAAGUGUUUGUUACUUGAAAGCCGAGUCCUGUCAUUAGAGCAAGAAAAUGCUUCUUUAAAGUUGGCAAUAACAAUUAUUACGCGAGAAAAGAAUGAAGUGGAAAACAAUCAACCACAAUCAAGCGAUUGGUCAGUUGAAAAGCCGCCGCAGAGAAGUACAAAUGCAAAACAUAAUGAAAAAAGAAUGCCCAGCAACAUAACUCAAACCCGUAACAGAUUUGAAGCUCUUCGAGACGAAGAUCGAACCAAGAGAAACAGAAGCGAUCAAAAUGGCAAUAGCGUUGUCACCGGACACAUUACAUCUCCUUCGUCCUCGGAAAUCCGAGUGCGAAACACUGAAUUAUUCAAUUCGUCGAAUCAACAUGACCAUCCACCGUCCAACCGUCGGAAGAAGGUUGUUAUAGUGGGGGAUUCUACUCUUAAAUAUCUACAAGGCCAUAAAAUGUCCAAGAACUCGCAAGUUAAGAUAGCCACCUUUCCGGGAUGCACAACACAAGACAUGAAAGAUCACAUCAAACCACUACUGCGCAGAAACCCAGACGAGAUAAUUAUCCAUGUUGGAACCAACAGUUUACGAUCCUCCAAUACUCCUCGUGAAUGUGCAGUCGAACUGAUUGACCUAGCCGAAGCAGUCAACUCCGAAUCUUCGGCCACAAUAUCUAUAUCCGGUCUCAUCGAUAGAUCAGAUGACGAAGCCCUUGCCUGCAAAGUACCUGAUGUGAACAAAAUUCUUAAGGAAUGUUGCAACGAAAAGAACUGGGGUUUUGUUGACCACUCAAACAUUUCAAAAACUAGCCACUUAAAUCGAAGUGGUCUUCAUUUAAACAAGAAAGGCACCACACGCCUAGCUCAAAAUUUUAUUAGCCAUUUACGUGUAGACUAGGAUAUUGCCGUCUGGGAAUCCGACUCGGCUGAUGUCCAUAAAGGUACCGACCGCGGUAAGUCCAACUAUCCAACAAUCUUUGGUCGAGGUUUAGUCAUUGCGUCCCUUAACAUCAAUAGCUUAUUGUCUCAUAUUGAUGAACUUAGAGUUUUUAUG